UUAUUUAUUCUAUUUUCCUUUUAUUACUGGUGCCACCCGGUGAGGCCUCGCCCGGGGAAGCCGCCCGUACGCCUUGGCGUGACGGAGGGAACUGGGGGUGUGAGGCUGCGGCCUGCGCUCCCCACCCUGCUUCCCUCCUCCUCCUCCUCCUCCUCCUCCUUCUCCUCAGGCUGUUAAUCCGCCUUCCCCGGCAGAGAGCGUGGGGCUCGGCGGCGGAGAGCAGGCCUCUGCGCGGCCAGGGGGAAAGAGUAGGGGAAAAGAGGAAAAAAAGAAGGGAAAAAGGGGAAAAAAGAAGGGGGAAAGGGGGAAUAAAGAAGGGGAAAAGGAGGGGGAGAAAGAGCAAAAAGGAGGAAUAGAGAAAAAAAGAAGGAGAGAAGGAGCGAAAAAGAAGAAGGAGGGAGGAAAGCAAGCAAAAAAGAAGGAGAAAAGGAGGAAACCAACGAAAAAAGGAGGAGAAAAGGAGAAAAAGAAGGAAAGCAAGGAAAAAAGGGAAAAGAGAAGGGAAAAAAGAAGGCAAACGAAGGGGGAAAGGAAUAAAGAAGGAAAAAGGAGGAAAAGAAGGAAAAAAGGAGGAGAAAAGGAGAAAAAGAAGGAAAACCAGAAAAAAAGAAGGGAAAAGAAGGAGAAAAAGGAAUAAAGAAGGAAAAAGGAGGAAAAGGAGGGAAAAGGAGAGCAAAGCGGCUGCAGCUUUUCACCCUCCCCAGGCGUUUCCAUCACAGUUUUUCGCCGCUGUCACCUGUAUCCCUCUCGGAGCAUCCCCGGCUCCCCUGGGGAUACGGGGGGCUGCACGGAGACCCGGUCCCUGCGCAGGGAGCAUCCUCACCGGGCUGAGUUUGCAGGAAAUCCCCGGGGGAAGCGCGGGACUCCGACUGUUCCCCCACGCUGCUUCGGCUUCAUCGAACCCCUAAAUCCCUCCCAGUUUUACCUUCUGAGGGAGAGGUUUGGGAUGUGGCUCUUCCUGGAGGGACCCGGAGUGUUCCCAGGGGCCUGAUCCGGACCCGCUUGAGGCAGGACGCCACGGUGAGGGUCCCGCUGCCGUUUGCUCUGAUGGAGCAGCCACCCAAGCGGGAAGGGACAGUCCCUGAGCAGGAAGGGACAGUCCCUGAGCAGGAAGGGAUGGUUCCCGGGUGGGAAGGGACAGUCCCAGCCCCUGCCAGCAGUGAAGGGACCUGCCAGCUCCCAGAGGAGGCCAUCAGUGGAGAAGAAAUGCCAGCUGGCGGCCAGGAGAGCCCGGCACCAGAUGGCCAAGCCGCUGUAGUGGAUGUGCCUUCCAGCCCCGGCGUGGGGCAGCCGGGCUGUGCCCCACAUCUCCCCUCUGAUGAGCAGCCGAGGGAAGAUGCUCCCGAGAAGCAGCCCACGGAGGGUGGGGGGGCCUUGCCGGGUGCCCCCGUGCCCUGCCCCGGUGCCGGGGUGGUGGGGGAGCCGGCAGAACCCCCCCAAGCCCGUACCCCAAGCCGGGAAGCAGAGGCGGAUUUUUAUUGCGUGAAGUGGAUCACCUGGAAAGGCGAGCGGACGCCCGUCAUCAUGCAGAGCGAGAACGGGCCUUGCCCGCUCCUGGCCAUCAUGAACAUCCUCUUCCUGCAGUGGAAGGUGAAGCUGCCGCCGCAGAAGGAGGUGGUCACGGCCGAGGAGCUGAUGGCGCAUUUGGGGGAUUGCAUCCUGUCCACCCAACCCCGGGAGCCGUCGGAGGGGCUGCAGCUCAACUUCCAGCAGAACAUCAACGACACCAUGAUGGUCCUCCCCAAGCUCUCGACGGGGCUGGAUGUCAACGUGCGGUUCACGGGCGUCUCGGACUUCGAGUACACGCCCGAGUGCAUCGUCUUCGACCUCCUCAACGUCCCGCUCUACCACGGCUGGCUGGUGGACCCCCAGAGCCCGGAGGUGGUGCAGGCCGUGGGCAAGCUGAGCUACAACCAGCUGGUGGAGAAGAUCAUCACCUGCAAGCAGGCCAGUGACUCCAGCCUGGUGAGCGAAGGGCUGGUGGCGGAGCAGUUCCUGGAGUCCACGGCCUCCCAGUUGACCUACCACGGGCUGUGCGAGCUCACGGCCGCCGUCAGGGAGGGUGAGCUCAGCGUCUUCUUCCGCAACAACCACUUCAGCACCAUGAUAAAGCACAAGGGCCACCUCUACCUGCUGGUGACGGACCAGGGCUUCCUGCAGGAGGAGCGGGUGGUCUGGGAGAGCCUCCACAACGUAGACGGAGACAGCUGCUUCUGCGACACUGAUUUUCACCUCAGCCACGCUCCGGGCAAGGAGGGGGCCACCGCGGCCCCCCCGGAUCACCACCUCCAGCAGAGACAAGUGGACCAGGAUUAUAUGAUCGCCCUGUCCCUGCAGCAGCAGCAGGGACAGGACCCCUCCGCGCUCAGUGACCUGGAGCUGGCGCGGCAGCUGCAGCAGGAGGAGUAUCAGCAGCAGCAGCAGCGUCAGCAGCAGGUCCCAGUGCAGGGCCACGCGCAGCCCGGUGGCCGACCGGCCGGAGAGCGGAGGCAGCGGCAGAAGCCGGACUUGGACUGCACCCUCCUGUAGCGCCCGGCCCCCGUGGGGGGCAGCCAUGGGGGUCCAGCCCCACUGUGGCCACCCCCCGGCUUCCGGAUGGUGUCUGGGGGGAUCCUUGCACCCCAAGCCCCCCGAAUCCCCGCUCGCCUCUGGGGAAACCCCAUGGGGGUCCCUGGGGACAGGAGUUGGGGGCGGUGGCACAGGAGGGGGUGUCCUUCCUCACCCACCACUGCGACCACCUCAAUCUUUACAGUGGCCUUAACAAGAGGGGGGGGUCCCUACUUGGGGGGGUCCUACCCCAUGCUCUGAGAUGUGGGGGGACACAUGUCUGGGGACACACACACACACACGCGUGCGUGCACCCCGAUGUCUGAAACGUGGCCUUAGCCCUUGGCAAAUAAAGGAGUUGUCCCCAUGCACAGG